AUGUCGGACAAAAUACGCGAAUUCAUCGACGUUCCUCAGCAAUUCAUUCGCGACGGCAAUCAGUUUCUUACACGUUGCACGAAACCGUCGCAAAAGGAGUUCACACAAAUUUGCAAGGCAGUCGCCGUCGGGUUCGCCGUCAUGGGUUUCAUUGGUUACUUUGUCAAACUCAUUCACAUCCCAAUAAACAAUAUUCUUGUCGGUGGAGCUUAAUCUUUUGUCGUGUACCGGUUAUAUAUAAUUUAUUGGUUAUGGAUCACACCAAA